ACGAAACGAAGACGUGUUGAUACUGAGCGAGUGAUUGUGUAUUUGGGUUAUAUAUGUAUAACAAAAUAGGCCUACAAGAAAUAGGUGACCUUGUCAUGUCUGUGAUGAUAAGACUUCUGUACACAAGACCACCUAAAAAAUACAUAAUGUAACUACAGCUUUCUUGAACGAAAAAAAAAUACUCGAGUAAUACCUCAGGAUGACUUUGAGGAAUACGAAUGCAUCUACAAAAUACAUCGAGGAAGUAACUUAAAAGUCUUAUGGAUCGAGAAAAUAACUUAAAACGUUUCAAGAAUCGAAUUCAAACGUUUUAAGGAUCGAGGGCGAACCUCAGCGUCUGAAGGAUCGAGGAAAUAACUUCAAAAAAUCGUUUAAAAACGGGACUGAGACAAUAACUUAAAAACGUUUUAAGGCUCGAGGAAAUAACUUCAACGGUUUAAGGGUCGGGGAAAUAAUUUUAAAAAACGUUUUGUAGAUCGAGAAAAUAGCUUAACGUUUUAAGGAUCCUGGAAAUAACUUGAAAAUCAUUUUAAGGAUCCUGAAAACAACUUGAAAAACGUUUCAAGGAUCGAGGAAAUAACUUUACAUAAACGUUUUAACGCUCUAAAGGUCGAAGGAGAGAAGGACACGCAAGAUUCCCCCAGAAGGAUGAUCAACGCAGGAUUCGAACCCGACGUGUGUCUCAAGCUCGGAGGAACCGCCUCUCCCGACGAAGAGGCGGACGACCCACGCCCUUCCCCCUCAGCAGGAACCCAAACCGACAACACCCCGACGAUCCUGAGCUCCUGGAAGAUCCUGAGGGCGAAUAACGCCGCCCCGGAGCUCAACUCCUCGUCCGGAUCAGCUGUCUCGGACUACGUCGUGGUCGAGACGAGUUCGUGGGGCUUCGACGCCUCGACUCAGACCCGAGACGCCGAGCUCUUCCGCUACAGCGAAGCGAGGGUGCGAGACAUGGUCAUGGCCUGGCGCAUGAUCACCAUCUUCCUGCCGUGCACGUGGUACUUGAUCAUGUACGUGACGGACCAGCUGACGGACGUGGUGGUGACGGCGGAGUUCUGUUCGUCAGGAGAGAGCUGGUGGUGCGGCCUCUCGCUGACGUUCCUGGUGCUGCCGAGCCUCUUCAUCAACGGCUACGCUUACGAGCAGAUAAUGAGUCACGCAGGAUCUUCCAGCGCGUCUGAAGCGUCUAAUCCUCCUGACGAUGCGAGAGGAACGUCAGGUCUCUCAGCUGGUCAUUUUGAGGACGCUGAGACGACCUGUGGAGUCAUGUUGUCGUUAAAAUAUGACAUAAAUCUUGACACACAUUCGGGAUUUGGAGAUGUUGACAGUAAUGCCAGUGCUUAUGAAAGACAUUUCGACAUUUCCACUAAUGGACAUGUGCAAGAUUGA